AUGUUUCCCCAAGGCAUCCAUCAAUACAAAGGGAUUCUUCACUUGCUUCUUCAUUUUAGGUGGACAUGGAUUGGAGUGCUGUAUCUAGAUGAUGACAAUGGGGAGAGAUUUGUGCAGAAUGUACUUCCAUUGUUUCCCCAGAAAGGCAUCUGCUUUGAUUUUAUUCAAAGACUCCCCAAACAAGGAUUUUCUAAUGCUAUGGAAGCUGUUGUAGAAGAUGGGAUUAAAACAUACAAGAUUAUCACUAGGGACACUUCCAAUAUUUUAGUCAUACAUGGGGAACUACAAACCAUGUCAGUUCUUCUCCUACUGCUAGGAUUGCCAGAGUAUUUUGACAUGGACAAAUCAAAAGGAAAAGUCUGGAUUAUGACAGCUCAGAUGGAUUUUGUGUCUUAUUCUUUUAAAAAACCACAGGACAUAGACUUCAUCCAUGGUGCUAUAUCCUUUGCAGUUCACUCAACAGAUGUGUUAGGAUUCCAGACUUUUCUUCAAACUAUAAAUCCCACCUUAGAAAAAGAAGAUGAUUUUCUUCAGAUCUUUUGGGAACAUGCCUUUGACUGUUCUUUACCCAAACCCAAUGAAGACAAUGUGUCUGGGAGACUUUGCACUGGGAAGGAAAAACUGGAAAGUCUCCCUGGUACUCUUUUUGAAAUGAAGAUGACUGCUCACAGCUACAACAUCUACAAUGCAGUCCAUGCUGUAGCACAUGCCUUGCACUUCAUGUAUUUAUCACAGUCCAAGCAGAGACAAAUAGGAAAAAGCAAGCAGCAGAAGAAACUUCUCAAUCAAGUUUCCUGGCAGCUCCACCCCUUUUUGAGAAAAGUUUCAUUCAACAAUAGUGCUGGUGACAUUAUUUCUUUUAAUCAAAAUGGUGAACAAAUAGUGGGAUUUGAUAUUAUAAACUGGGUAACCUUCCCAAACCACUCGUUUCGUAGAAUCAGAGUUGGAAUGAUAGACCCACAUGCUUCUUCAAAAGGGGGAAUUUUCCUUGAUGACAGUCAUAUUGUGUGGCCUGUCCGAUUUAAUCAGGGGUAUCCCCUUUCAUUGUGUAAUGACAAUUGCCAAGAGGGUUAUAGUAAAAGAAAGAAAGAAGGGAAGCCAUUUUGCUGUUAUGAUUGUUUUCCAUGUCCAGAAGGAAAAAUAUCAAAUCACAAGGAUGCAGACACCUGUUACCCAUGUCUGGUAAAUCAGUAUCCAAAUCCUCAACGACGUUUAUGCAUUCCAAAAACUUUAAGUUUCUUAUCUCUAAAAGAACCUUUAGGGGUGUCUUUAGCUGUUCUGGCUCUUUUCUUUUCUUGUCUGACUUCACUGGUGCUUUGGCUUUUCAUUAAGCAUCGAGACCUCGCAAUAGUCAAAGCCAACAACCGGAGUCUCACUUAUCUUCUCCUGAUCUCUCUCCUGCUCUCCUUCAUCUGUGCUUUAUUGUUCAUUGGGCCACCAGGGAAGGUUACAUGUCUCCUUCGCCAAACUGCAUUUGGCAUCAUCUUUUCACUAGCGGUUUCAUGUAUAUUGGCCAAAACCAUAAUUGUGGUUCUGGCCUUCAUAGCCACCAAACCUGGAUCCAAGAUAAGGAAAUGGUUGGGGAAAAGGCUGGCUUAUUCCAUUGUCCUUUCCUGUUUGCUUAUUCAAGUUAUGAUUUGUACUACGUGGCUGUCAACAGCUCCUCCAUACCCAGAUGCUGAUGUGUACUCAUCAAAUACGGAGGUUAUAUUGGAAUGUAAUGAAGGCUCCUCUACCAUGUUCUACUGUGUUCUGGGUUUCAUGGGAUUCCUAGCUAUUGUCACUUUUACUGUGGCUUUUUUAGCCAGGAAACUCCCAGACAGCUUCAAUGAAGCUAAAUUUAUUACCUUUAGCAUGCUGGUUUUUUGUAGUGUUUGGCUCUCCUUCAUUCCAUCCUAUUUGAGCACCAAAGGAAAAUACAUGGUAGCCGUGGAGAUUUUUUCCAUCUUGACCUCCAGUUUUGGGUUACUGGGAUGCAUUUUUUCCCCAAAAUGUUUUAUCAUUUUGAUGAAACCUGACUUAAAAAUUGGAACAUCUUUAACAAGAAGGAAUCAAUAA